UAUAAAUCAAAUUUCGCGUUACCCCGGUCAGCUUAGGUUGCGGCGUACUUCCGACGAACGAGUUCUUCCCCCUUGCGCCGAAUUUGGUGGCGCUAGCGUCAAGUAGUGUCUUUCUCUUCGAUAAGGCGCUUCUGAUCCGUAGGAGGCUAUUCGUCUGUGAGAUCAGCUGAGGCAUCAGCUAUUGACAUGGCAUCUGCAACUGCAACUGCAACAGCAGGAUGGUUGAGGGGGAAAGUUAAGGCUGUCCCCUCUGGGGACUCCUUGGUUAUAAUGGGAAAUACAAAAGCAGCAAUACCUCCUGAAAAAACCAUCACUUUAUCUUCCCUGAUUACUCCUAGACUGGCUCGUCGCGGUGGUGUUGAUGAGCCAUUUGCCUGGGAGAGCAGGGAGUUUUUGAGAAAGCUUUGUAUUGGGAAGGAAGUCACAUUCAGGGUGGACUACAUUGUUCCUUCAAUUGGAAGAGAAUUUGGUACUGUUUUUCUUGGAGAGAAGAAUGUAGCAUACUUAGUUGUUUCUGAAGGAUGGGCAAAAGUAAGAGAGCAAGGCCAACAAAAAGGCGAAGCAAGCCCAUACCUUGCAGAAUUACAACAUUUGGAAGAGCAAGCCAAACAACAGGGCGUUGGGCGCUGGACCAAGGAUCCUGGUGCUUCAGAGUUAGCUGUGAGAAAUUUGCCACCUUCAGCUAUUGGUGAUCCUAGUAAUUUAGAUGCAAUGGGGUUGCUUGCUGCAAACAAGGGGAAACCUAUGCAGGGAAUUGUGGAGCAGGUUCGUGAUGGAAGCACUGUUCGAGUCUACCUCCUCCCCACAUUCCAGUUUGUGCAAGUUUUUGUAGCAGGGAUCCAGUCUCCUUCGAUGGGAAGAAGGCCUGUUAGUGAUGCUAUUCCUGAGAAUGAAGUUGCAGCAGAUGAUACUAGUGGAGAAAAUGCUGGUGAAACUCGGCCGCCACUAACAUCGGCACAGAGGCUUGCUGCAUCUCCUGCAUCACUUACUGAAGUUGCACCUGAUCCAUUUGGGAGGGAUGCUAAGCACUUUACUGAAACUCGCAUCUUAAACAGAGAUGUGAGAAUUGUUCUUGAAGGUGUAGAUAAAUUCAGCAAUCUAAUUGGCUCAGUUUAUUAUCCAGAUGGUGAUACUGCAAAGGACCUUGCACUUGAGCUUGUACAGAAUGGUUUUGCUAAAUAUGUGGAAUGGAGUGCAAACAUGAUGGAGGAUGAUGCCAAACGUAGGUUGAAGGCUGCUGAACUUCAAUCUAAGAAGGAUCGCCUGAGAAUCUGGACAAACUAUGUGCCUCCAGCUUCAAAUUCAAAAGCCAUUCAUGACCAAAAUUUCACUGGAAAAGUUGUAGAGGUUGUCAGUGGUGAUUGCAUAGUUGUUGCUGAUGAUGCUGCUCCAUUUGGAAGCCCAUUAGCUGAGCGUAGAGUCAAUCUCUCAAGCAUCAGAGCACCUAAAAUGGGGAAUCCAAGAAGAGAUGAGAAACCAGCACCAUAUGCCCGUGAGGCUAAAGAAUUCUUACGCACCCGUCUUAUUGGGAAUCAAGUAAAUGUGUCGAUGGAAUACUCUAGGAAGGUUGGUGCAGCUGAUGGAUCCAAUGGGGCAGUCUCUAAUCCAGCUGAUUCUAGAGUAAUGGAUUUUGGGUCAGUUUUCCUUGUGAAGAGUGGAGCUGAUGAUAACUCUUCUGCCUCAACUAACCAACCUGGAAUGAAUGUUGCUGAGAUGGUUGUCUCUCGAGGCUUUGCCACUGUAGUCAGGCAUCGAGAUUUUGAAGAAAGGUCAAAUCAUUAUGAUGCAUUGCUGGCUGCUGAGUCGCGUGCAAUUAAUUCAAGGAAAGGGAUUCAUUCUGCAAAAGAUUCUCCAGUGAUGCACAUAACUGAUUUAACCACGGCAUCUAUUAAAAAAUCACGAGAUUUCUUGCCUUUUCUGCAAAGGACUAGGAGGCAUACUGCUGUUGUUGAGUAUGUCCUUAGUGGUCAUCGAUUUAAGUUAUUGAUUCCCAAGGAAACAUGUACAAUUGCAUUCUCAUUUUCUGGUGUUCGCUGUCCUGGUCGUGAGGAGUCUUUUUCAGAUGAUGCAAUUGCUUUGAUGAGAAGAAAAAUAUUGCAGCGGGAUGUUGAGAUUGAGAUUGAAACUGUCGAUCGGACUGGAACAUUCUUAGGAUCCUUGUGGGAGUCUAGGACCAAUAUGGCUGUUACUCUUUUGGAAGCUGGAUUAGCACGACUUCAAAUCUCAUUUAGUUCAGACAAGAUAUCAGAUGCUCAUCUCUUGGCUCAGGCUGAAGAGUCUGCAAAGCACCAGAAGCUGAAGAUUUGGGAGAACUAUGAUGAAACAAAAGAAGUUUCAAAUGUUUCCUCUGCUGAAGCAAAACAGAAAGAAGUGCUCAAGGUGGUAGUUACUGAAGUUCUUGGAGGUGGCAAAUUUUAUGUCCAAACUGUUGCUGAUCAGAAGGUGUCUGCCAUUCAGCACCAACUUGCUGCUCUAAACAUUAAGGAGGCUCCAAUAGUUGGCUCUUUUAAUCCUUCAAAGGGUGAUCUUGUCCUAGCUCAGUUCAGCAUCGAUAAUUCCUGGAACAGAGCCAUGAUUGUAAAUGGACCACGAGGAGGAGCUGUGCAAUCACCAAAUGACAAAUUUGAAGUUUUCUAUAUUGAUUAUGGAAACCAAGAAUUUGUUCCAUAUAGCCGCUUACGUCCUCUUGACCCCUCAGUGUCGGCAGCUCCUGGUUUAGCUCAGCUUUGUAGUCUUGCAUACGUAAAAGUGCCUAAUUUGGAGGAUGAUUUUGGUCUAGAAGCUGCAGAGUAUUUGAGUGAGUGUACAAUGAACAACUCAAAAGAGUUCAGGGCUAUGAUUGAAGAACGUGAUACUUCUGGGGGGAAACCAAGAGGACAAGGAACUGGUAAUAUAUUGAUGGUGACUCUCGUUGAUGUUGAAGGUGAAUUCAGCAUCAAUGCCGCGAUGCUUCAGGAAGGGCUUGCUAGAUUAGAAAGAAAGAAGAGAUGGGACACUAGGGAACGCAAGGCAGCUCUUGACAAUCUCGAAGAAUUCCAAGAGAAAGCGAAAAAAGAAAGGCUGAACAUCUGGCAACAUGGUGAUGUCGAAUCUGAUGAUGAAGAGCUAGCUCCGCCAAAGAAAACUGCAGGCCGCUGAUGAAAACCGUGCUGGGGGUAGAGGUUCAGUCAGGAGAUAUCAUAUCAUUCGAACAUCUACUUCAUCUCCUUUUGUGAUUUGUUUUUUCUAACUCAAACUUAAGAGGUAGACAUUGUUUUUUCAUCCUUCAAUAAGGCAAUGCCCAUCCUUAAUCUCCAUUCAGAAUCUUUUAGAUACGUUGUCGUGAUAAUGGCAUGGCCUCCUAGAUGUAGUUGGAACUCAGAGCUUGGUUUUACUUUUAACUACCGGCAUUUAUUAAAUUAUGAUGUAUUCAAGUAAA